AUGUUGCGGAGGACGUCUGGCGAUUUCUCCUGGUACAUCAAGCUGCCGGAUAAAAGGGUCACUCUUUCAGCAAAUGCGAGGGAUGAGUUCAGCCAGCUCAUCCUACACAAGCAAUACAGCAAAGUCGACACAUCACCGACCGCUGAGGCUGCGCAGCAAAUGCGCCGCUGCAACGCGGGAGUCACAUUCUCCGGCUUAUGGCCAAUGCCCUUCGUUUCGCUCAACCAAAAUGGUACUCGACAAGGAAAUAGCACGAUGACCCUGAUCAUGCAAGUACAAGUCACAGAACAUCGGCAACGCUCCAACUCUGUUGAUCCGUCCAUCCACUCGUCCUAA